AUGUCCAAUAUCUUUGAUGAUUUCAAGGAAGGCCAGAAGAUCGGCUCUGGUGCCCGCCUGGCGGCAUCUCUCUCCCCCGUCGCGACUGCGGAGUACCCCGACCGAUUGAAGUCGUUCUAUUACUUUUCUAACGCCGCACAUGUCUCCGCCGACCUCCGAUACUCGCUCUUCCAGGCGAAUGGCUUGAGGCUUCCCAAGCAAGAGCAGAACUCCUGGGUCGAUAUCUUUACCGCUUAUUGGAAAGCUGUGGGGGAGAUUGUUCGAUUUGACGACUCCCCAAGACAUGCCAGUUGGGUGAAGGUGUUCGAUGCUUGGAAGGAUACGGCAAAUCAAUUAAUCAGGGGAUACUCGACAGGCAGUUUGCAAGCCUGGACAGUGCCAUGCUUGUAUUCUGUCGGGAGAUAUUUGCGGGCAUUCGCGAUGAAGGCAGAUGCUGAGCUUUCUGCCCAAGACUCCGUCACUUUCGACGAUCGCUUCCAAGAUGAUGCGACGGAUGCCAAGAAUCCAAAGUUGGAGGAAGCUACACGAGUGCUCAACAGAAUGUUCACUUUGUGUCUAAGUGACCGGGCACCGAUCGAGGAAUCGCGGAAAUGGGGCAUUUACGACACUACGAACCUGUUGUUCAAGACAUACUUUAAGCUUAACACCGUUGGCCUCUCCAAGAACUUGCUGCGGGCCCUCAAUGCCUCGUCUGCCGACCUUCCUGGCUUGGACGCCUUCCCCAAGUCCCAUAUUGUCACCUUUGAGUACUAUGUCGGUGUUAUACACUUUCUGGAUGAGAAUUAUGCCGAAGCUGAAGAGCAUUUGUCGUACGCAUGGAGGAUGUGCAACAAACAUGCCACAAAGAAUAGAGAGUCAGUACUCCACAUGCCGCCCCAUGCUACAUUGCUGACUACUUCAAGAUUGAUUCUCACCUACCUCGUCCCCUGCCACCUCGUCACCACACAUACCCUGCCCAGCAAAAAGCUGCUUGCACCGUUUCCUCGUCUCGAGAAGCUCUUCCGUCCUUUGUGCGACUGCAUCAAAAGGGGAGACCUGGGCGGGUUCGAUGCCGCAAUGACAGCCGGGGAAGAGGAAUUUGUUAAGAGACGCAUAUACUUGCCCCUGGAAAGGGGACGCGAUAUCGCUUUACGGAACCUCUUCCGCAAGGUCUUUAUUGCCGGUGGAUUUGACGAGCCCAAGGAAGGACAGCCUCCUAUCCGCCGCACACGGGUUCCCGUUGCCGAGUUUGCAGCGGCAUUAAGGAUCGGUACUCAUGCUGACGACCGGUCCCGCAUAGACAUUGAUGAGGUUGAAUGUCUGUUGUCGAACCUUAUCUACAAGGGGUUGAUGAAAGGAUACAUUGCCCGUGAGCGCGGCAUGGUCGUAUUGAGCAAAGGUGGAACUGCAUUCCCUGGAACGGGGGUUUAA